CUUCGCCGUCCGCCAUGGUGUUGACUCGGGGUCUCCUGCUGUUGAGACCUCUUGUGCAAUCCUUUGCUUCAAAACAGAUCUUGACCGGCUUUUCGCCUAUACCUCGAAGGCAUUACGCUGCAAAAGCCACGAAAUCCACCGCCAAGCUAGUGCCCGGCUCCCAACGACCAAUUGCGGACGAUGCCGCUUGGGAGGACUACACAAAAUGCGACGAAAAAAUGAAGGCAGCUGUAGAAUGGUUCCGCAAAGAGUGUGCUUCAGCGGAAGCUCGUGCAAGUGGGCGUGUCACUCCUGCGUUGUUGUCACCAGUGAGAGUCAAGUUGCCUCAGGACGACCAUUCGUAUAAGCUCGAGGAACUCGCCACUGUUGGAGUUAGGGACGGCUCAUUACUACUGGUAACAGUUUUUGAUGAGGAGUACCUCAAACACAUCGAGCGAGCUAUUUACGAGGCUAAGCUGCCAAACAUCGUGCCUCAGAAACACGAUACUAGGACCAUAAAAAUUCCUAUCCCAAAACCAACAGUAGAAGCUAGACUAGCAUCCGUUACAGCUGCCCAAAAACAGGCUGAGGACUCUCGAGUACAGAUACGCAAACACCACCAAGCGAGUCUUAAGAAAGGAAAGUACGGAAAACACUCUAUAGAACUUGACGAGUUCCAAAAGCUCUCACACCGCCAUAUUCUCGAAAUCGAUAACAUUAUUGCUCAACUAAAGAAGGCCACCGGUGCUGGAAAAUAA